AUGGAAUACGCUCUUAUCAAACGAUAUUUUGCCAGAUCUUCCGCUUCCUAUCUCCCUAGACUUACAAGAGCCUCGGUGCAUGGGAAGGCUGAGUCUCAGCCUAAGGGGAACGAUGAGCCGGUGAACGUCGGUGCCUCAUUCCCGGAUGACUUCGAGGACUCUCCUUUGAAAGAAGAAAUCCUCAAGCGGAGAAACAAAAAUCCAGGCGUGGAGGAAUCAUACCAUCCCACGAUGGAAGAGAUAUACGACAGCGUUCGGGGGAAGAUACCAGUGGGGAAGAAACGACCAGCCAAGCCUGCCGACGAGCCAGACCGGGAGCCCGAGUUGGAUGAGAUGUGA